AUUACUUUCCUGAGUAGUAUUUUGACUACAUUUUAUUUCAAACGAUUGCGGCACAGUUUGCUUCGAUGGGAUCGACCCACUUACCUUCCCGUUGGAUACAACAAUAAAGCAUUACCGACCAUUAAUAUGAUAAACAAGGGCUACAUAUCUCUGGUUUGCCGCGCAGUUGCCUGUGGGACCGAAACGUCUAGACAAAUCAGCCUAAAAUAAGCUUACGGCCACUGAAAGAGUAAGCGUCAAUAUUUACGCGCCACUCACCACAUUGUAUUAAGAAAAGGAUUACGAGUUACCGGCUCCAAAUUAGCUGCCUUGUUAGAUGUCGUAUAACCCUAAUCCGAUUUCUACAGUAAUGGGGAGUAGACGGCGUUAUGAUUAGCUACAUACUGCACGAAACUUAAGCAUUCUGUCAUUCUUUAUGGUACACAAAAAAGAUGGCGAACUAAAACCAAAACACACUUUGAGAACUUGCCUUCCGCGUAGCCCCUACCUUGGGAGAUGCUUUUGGAUUUCAUCUGAAAAAGAGACUGUUAAAAACGGUUAUAUCCUUAUCCUUACUUACGUGGAGGUAAUACUUUUAUCUUCAGUAUAAGCUGUACCAUAGUCUCUCCGGGCUUAGAGAAAAAUAAUAAGUGGGUACCAUCUAACAUCUUCGUUUACUCUCAUAGCUUUUAAGUAAUAACAUUCAUUUUCAGCGCUUUGAAGCCUUUACUAUCGUCCAGUUUCUUUUGUGUACAUUUCUUGUUGUUUGGUUUUCCCUUAAUGACCGAAAGCUGUCCAAAUCGGACAGAAUAUUAAAAAAAAGAAACUAUCUGCAAUAAAAAGGGGAACUGGAAAAGACGCGUAUCACAUUAAAUGCAUUUUUUCCUCCAUUGUGUACAAUUGAAAACAGGCCAAAACAAACUAACACAGUUUAUCUCUCACGAGAAAUUACGUCUCUCUUUCGUCAAUCAUAAUCCAUACAACUACGAGUUGCUAAGCAAAGUAAAUUAAGUUUUUUUUUCUGGUGUUGUUUAUUUGAAAGCGUGAAACCGGCAUUGAUUUAGACCCCAGUAACCUUAAGAGCCUUGAUCGAAUAUCCAACUGGACAAAAGCGAUAAUCGCUUCUUGAUAUUGAUCUUAAACAAUAGAAUAAAUGGCACUUGUCAUUCAUAACGCCUACACAAUUGAGUUAAGAGAUCAUAGUUUUCUAGAGAAUGGUGCUAAUUGGUUUGGCAGAAUCAAGCAGGAGUACUGUAGCGGGGAUCUUGAUCAAAAGGAUAAAAUGUGAAGAUGUGAAACAUUGCAGUGAUCCACUAUAAAAUGUUGGAAGAUAAAGGCACUGAUUGAUGCUUUUCGAGAUGAAAAUACAAGGCCACUUUGCGGUCGUACCACUACUACACUAACAACUAAAAGCUUUACUGGACAUCGAAAAUCCAAAGUAAACGGUCAAUAAAUGGACACUUUCAAUCGCUGAUCGUGAAAAGCAAAAACGUAACAGUCUUCCCUUGCGAGGCGCUAAGAAGGCAAGUCGUGCCAAAGCAGCCGUAACACUAGUUCCUCAUCUUAAUAAAGCAGCCAAAUAAAGAAAACAGCACAUAUAGAACCGCGCGCACGGGGUUAAUAAAGCAUGGAGAAUUCCACAGACUUCAUACGCACGACCAAUACGACACCUACGGCAGGGGACCUGACGGCCUUGCGCGUGGCCGAGUAUUCUCUCUUCGCCAUCAUCUUCAUCGUGGGAGUUGUCGGAAAUAGCCUCGUCUGCCUGGUGAUCUUCAAAACGCCGAACAUGCGCAAUACCAGGAACUACUUGAUAGUGAACCUGGCUAUUGCUGAUAUCACUGUGGCAUUGGUGUGUAUCCCAUUUGACGUGGUUAUCAGGGUGUAUGGGGACACGUGGGUCUUGGGCGCGGCCAUGUGCAAGAUGGUCUGGCCGUCGAUGACUUUUGUGGCAACGUGUUCUGCUGCGACGCUGGCGGCAAUCAGUUUUGACAGGUACCGCGCGGUGGUUCACCCGUGGAAACCGCGCCUCAGCAUGCGCCAGACUCUAGCCGUUAUCGUGAGCACGUGGCUGGUCUCUUUCCUUGUAGUGUUACCCUACAUUCUAGUGCUAGGGAUGGACGGACACUCCUGCACUGAGUUCUGGUUAAAAGACAUCCACCGCCAACUCUACACAGUGUUCUUAUUCGUCUUUGCGUACGCGUUACCACUCGUGAUUAUCGCAUUUGCUUACACUCGUGUCGCACUCAAACUAAGGGAGCAAUCAAAUCGCAUCGAGAAGAACAAACUGGCUAGCGGGAUACCAUCAUCUUCUAAAUAUAACUGGUCAAAGACUGUCACCAUGACAGCCAGGGAUGAGAUAAGUGCGGAUAUGACGUCAUCCCCGCAUAAUGGAUCUGCCAAAGACCAAUGCGUAGCCAAGGAGUACAGAGAGUCUAUUAAUGACAGGACGACGUCACACACAGUGCCUCUCACGAUAAACCCGCAGAAAGAGGCGCGAAGGCUCGCGCGCAGCACAAGGAUCACGAAAAUGUUAGUGACGGUGGUGCUCAUUUACGCAUUGUGUCUCUUACCCAAUCAGGUGCUAUGGCUGUGGAUGGAGUUUGGGACUGGGAAUGAGUUUGAGCACAUGAACACGCUGUUAACCUUUACAGGGAUGUUGGUGUACAUCAAUAGCAUCGUAAAUCCGUUUCUGUACGCAGGACUGAAUGACGAGUUUAAAAAGGGAUUUGCGAGACUGCUCUGCUGUAAAGGCAAAUAUCUCAAGUCCAUUGCGUAGUAUUGCUUUCAUAGCUUAGUAAAAUAGGAUUGUUGUCGUGGGUCAAGGUUUAUUUGAAAAUCCAUCAUAAGAGAUACGGAACAUAUCCUCAAUUAUCCACAUCUCAUUGAUAUAUUUAAAGAAUCAAAAUGGUUUGAACCUGAGGAAGGCGGGAAAUUGGAAACGUGACGCGAAAACUAAAUCCGCAGCUUAUGACGCAGCCCCUUUAAGGCGAGUAAGACGGUGUGCACUUCAGCUUCAAGAAAGGGUAAACAAAUUGUUCUUACGUAUUUUGAUAAGGGGGACGUCUCUUUAAAAUUUAAAACAAACGAAACGAAAGUCUAGGUAUAUUAUUGAAGGUAUAAUACUGAAGAAAUGAAUUUGGCGGCGGAACUUUUAUGAAGCUUUUAUGUGUAGAUCAUUCAAAGCAGACCGUUGUAACUAGAAUUCAUUAAAUUAUUAUUGACUUUCAAGUGCGCAAGGAUAGCCUAUCCUUAUGUGAGGGUGCGAUGCACAUCUCAAUUGACUUUCUAGGAGCUAAUAUAGAGUAUAAUAAGUAACCUGUAAACAUUCAAAAUGUAUUUUACAGGGUUGGGACACAAGUGCCGACCAAAACGAAAAAAAAGCCUUCAGGCCAACACUUUUAAGUGUUAAAACCUUAUUGCAGCAACAAAGCCCCGUGCAAAUGGCCCCAGUAUCGACAGGCUUCGCUCGAUUGUAAGAGCAUUUGUAGGUCCAGCAAUGCUUAAGAUUAUCUCGCCAAACUCUUACCUCUAGGAUUAAAUCCCAUCUUGCGCAUUUGACUUAGAAAUCGAGUGAAGGGACCUAGUCAAAGAGAUCAAGUUUGAAAGAAAAUAAAUAUUUUAGAUCGCAAUACCUCAGGUAAAAAAAAAAUAAGGGUAUAGAGGUAUAAUAACGUCAGGUAGAAGGACUGUCCUGGAUUCUAGGGAUACCUGUACAAUAGACUAUUAUUUGUAAAACAGAUAGUAAAUAUCAGAAAAACUAUAA